CCCGCUAUUCCCUUGCAGCAGCAACAGCUUCAGUUUGCUUCUUAUUUCAAAAUCCGGUGGCCUGUCUGGCAUAAUGGUUUACCAUUUCACAUCGAAUGUGGUUCAACCCGCAGCCUUUAUCUAUGUCGGAAAGGAUAAAUUUGAAAAUGAGGACCUCAUUAAAUUUGGGUUAGAGAGUGAUGUCUGGUUCCAUGUGGAUAACCUGUCUAGUGCCCAUGUGUACCUUCGCCUUCGUGACGGAGAAACAUGGGAUCAAAUUCCUCAGGCGCUUCUCGAAGAUUGUGCCCAGCUCACGAAGGCGAAUUCAAUCGAAGGGAAUAAGAAGGACAAUAUCACAGUGAUCUAUACACCGUGGUCAAAUUUGAUGAAGGAUGGAUCCAUGGCAGCUGGCCAAGUCUCUUUCCACAACCAUAAACUGGUGCGCAAGGUGUUUGUCCGACAGCGAGAAAACCCUAUCGUCAAUCGCCUGAACAAGACACGCAUUGAAAAGUUUCCUGAUCUCAAAGCCGAAAAAGACGAGUUCUUGAAAAAGAAGAACAAGGAGGAACGCAAACUGAGAGAGGAGCAACGCAUAAAGGAGAAACUGGAAAGGAGGGAACGCGACCAGUUGAAAUGGCAAAAGGAACAUGCUUACGAUGACCUCAUGAGCGAGGAGAACAUUCAAGGCAGCAGCAACUAUGAGCGGGACGCGGACUUUUAUGACGACUUCAUGUGAAGCAGAAGGUAUACAGUGGAUUGCCAUAUUGUCUCUCUGAUGGCCGUCGUCGGCUUGCCGCAUGCUAUACUAUCGACGAAACAACAUAACUUGGUACUCAUCACAGAGCAUCCAUUCGAAGUGCAUCAACGGAAGGUGGAUACUGGGCCUUGUUCCGUGGUCGCGAAAUUCCACAUCAAAUGGCUAGGAAGCGCAUAGCUCAGAACACGCAUAUCGACUCGUGUCUCAACUCGACCUGAUCCAGUGCCGGGGAGCUGGUGUUGAGAGUGGCUGGGAGCCGGCCACUGGCAUACUGCCUGUCGCUAUCCCACAAUAGUGUGGUAGAUUGAACUUCACUAUAAGGGACAUCAUAGCAUGUUUAUAAGCUGUACAUUGCAUGCGAACUUAGUAGAAUAAACUAGGCAGAAUAUGGAAUCGAGUCUGAAU